UGCAUGUGUUGGAAAACAAGCCACAAACAAGGUAAACACUGUAUGCAUACCAUUUAGUAUUUCGUGUAUUUUCGUGAUAAAAUUAUUAAAUUCAGUUCGAUAUAAUGGCAGAAGUAAGUGAAAAUGCUGUAAGGAAUAUCGGCAAGGUCUUAAAUGAUCCUUCCAGACCUAUGAAAGAGCGUUUUAGAGCGCUUUUCACUCUCAGAAACUUGGGUGGGAGCACCGCUAUAGAAUGCAUUAGUACAUGUUUUGUUGACGAAUCUGUGCUUUUGAAACAUGAGUUAGCAUAUUGUUUAGGGCAAAUGCAGGAUAAAAAAGCUAUUCCCAUCCUCAGGAGUGUGUUAGAAGAUAAAAAUCAGGAUCCGAUCGUCCGCCACGAGGCCGGUGAGGCACUCGGUGCAAUUGGUGACCCUGAUCUACGAACGCUACUAGAGAAAUAUAAAAAUGACCCAGCGGUCGAAGUAGCAGAGACCUGUCAGAUAGCUUUAGAACGGCUCAAUUGGGUAGCUGGAGAUGGUAGCAAAGAGAGUCUAUCAAAAAGUCCGUAUUCUUCUAUAGACCCAGCUCCUCCGAGUGCGGAUAAUGAUGUGGAGAAAUUAACUGCUAUUUUGAUGGAUGAAAGCAGGCAGUUGUAUGAGAGAUACAGGGCCAUGUUCAGUUUGAGAAACAUGGCAACAACUGAGAGUAUUAAUGCAUUAGGAAAAGGAUUCCAAGCAACCAGUGCCCUAUUCAGACACGAAGUAGCAUUUGUAUUUGGUCAAAUGCAGGAUGAGAGGAGUGUGCCAUUCCUCAUAAAAACAUUGGAAGACACAGCGGAGCAUGAAAUGGUUCGGCAUGAGGCAGCAGAGGCUCUUGGCUCUAUUGCCACUGAAGAAUGUACUGCAGUUCUGAAGAAAUAUCUAAAGGACCCCCGGCCCGUGGUCCGGGAGAGCUGCGAAGUAGCAUUAGACAUGUCGGAGUACGAGAAUAGCCCGGAAUUCCAGUACGCCAAUACCUUGCUCACAGUACAAGGGUAGCUUUCUAUCUAUGCAAAAAUCGUAAAUAUAUAGACGCAUCGGGAACCGAUGGAUGGUUCGCAUCGUUUCGACCGUCGCGUCACGCGAAUUUAAUUCAUGUGAAAAGCCACGAUGUUAACAAAAUUAUUUGUAUUAGUACUUCUGAAUUUACACUCAUGACAACUUUGGUGAAAUAACUAAUGACCAAAUAAACGUUGGUGAAAUAAUAACAUCACUAAACAAAAUUAAAUCACAUUAUAUGGCACAUCUUUUAAUCUUGUAUUCUUUUUAAUUACGGCAUUAAUAUUAAAAAUGAUAAUUCACGUAAGCAUUAUAGGUUAUCAUCAUAUUUUGAUGCUAGAAGUAUUUUAUAAUUUUAAGUGUCUAGGUUUUUAUUAGGGUUUUCCAAUUCCUUAAAAAAAUAUCUUUCCCAAUUUAUACACACAAUAAAUGUAGACACAAGGUUUUGCCCAGAGCAGAGCCUUCGGGAAUUAACAAAAAUACUGUUACCGCCUUGUAGGUAGUAAAGGCAGACCUAAUUUUUUUGUAGCCAGUGUCCAUUUUAUGAAACAUAGGUAUAUCAUUUCGGAUAGUAUUAGGGUGCCGAACAUAAACUCUUCAUGGGAUUAUUUCAUGCAAUUGUAUAACAACACAAUUAAGUCGCUUAUUAUGCUAAUUUUUGCAAAACUCUUCUCUUCUUUUAAACUUAUUAUUGGAAACCGUUUUUUAUCCUACUACGACAGAAGAGAUUUGUUCUAAAAUCUACCUAAUAUGCGUGUAUUAAUAAAUAGUUUUUAUACUUUAUCAUAAUAAAAUUGACGAAAAUAUUUUUAUGAAAUAAAUUCAUUGUUACUUGUUAAA